UAGUGAAGACAAAUUAAAGAGAGAGAGAGAGAGAGGGAGAGAACAAGGUUUUGAUCAGAACUACCGUGUCCCGGCAAUUGCAGACUUGCAUUUGAACACGUUCCUAGUGUCAAUCUCCGUAAAUAAACCCAAAGCCAGUGUUCUUUUAAUCCCUGUCUUCAUUCAACUACCAGAACAAGUUUUUCUCUUCCUUUAUUCUCUUUUUAAUCUAAUCUCGUCCUCUCUUUGGAUAUCUUUGACAAUUUACAUAUUAAAAAGUUGAAGAUAUGGGGAAUGCAAACGGAAGAGAAGACGGGGCCAACGGCGGUGUCGACGAUCUAUCCGGAAGAUCCAAUGGCGGCGACCCCGUAGGUCGAGGAGCCGCUGCAGUGGGAGUUCGCGUGCCAUCGUCUGAUUCAAUGGUGAAUACGCCGCCGCAGAGUCCUCGCCGGUCUCAGUCUCCUCUUUUGUUCGCUCCUCAGGUUCCUGUAGCUCCCUUACCAAGAGCUGAUGGUCAUUCCUUUUUCAACCAAACUUGGCAGCAUGAGUUUCUUGUGGUUCCCGACAGUCCAUCCGAGAAAGGAAUCCCUGUCAUUAUUACAUGGAAUUAUGGUGGUAACGAUGUGUCCGUGGAAGGUUCUUGGGACAAUUGGAGAUCAAGGAAGACACUGCAGAAGGCAGGUAAGGACCACUCUAUUCUUUUGGUCCUUCCAUCUGGCAUAUACCAUUAUAAGUUCAUUGUUGAUGGUGAAUGGAGAUAUACACCUGAUCUGCCUUUUGUAUCUGAUGAUAUGGGCAAUGUUUGUAAUCUUCUUGAUGUUCAUGAUUAUGUACCUGAAAAUCUAGAUAGUGUAACUGAGUUUGAGGCUCCAGCAUCUCCAAAUUCCAGUUAUGGUCAGGCACUUCCAACCGAAGAAGAUUUCGCGAAGGAGCCUGCUGUAGUUCCAUCCCAGCUACAUGUAACCGUCCUCGGUUCAGAUAACCAAGAUGGAGCAUCAUCCUCGAAGCCUCAACAUGUUGUACUUAACCACCUUUUCAUAGAGAAAGGAUGGGCAUCACAGUCUGUGGUUGCCCUUGGAUUGACCCAUAGGUUCGAGUCCAAAUACGUGACUGUUGUACUCUACAAGCCACUUAAAAGAACUUGGAAAGUUUAAGCCCAUGAUCCAACUUUUCAAUAAUU